AAACGGAUUAAACUCAAACGUUUUAAAAACUUGGUGCUGUAAUAGUGACAAAUAUUUUUUUAUAACAUACCUAAUAAUCAAUCAAUCACAUUCCGCAGAUAUAAAUUAUUGCCCUUUGCAUUGACUUUCUCUUUUAUUCAGUUAUACAUUUUUUUAGAAAUGGCUAUCGUAAGAAAGUUUACUGUGUUUCUUCUUCUUUUAUCUGUGGUAACGCUAAGUGAAGGUAAUGAAAAGAUAUUCGACACUUAUUUUAAUGGUCACUGUUACUGGACGGAAGAAGUGUCUUACCAUGUGCACUACUCAUCAGGAUGCAAGGUUUAUUUUACAUGCCAACGUGGGAAAUUCUUGGACUUUCACAGAUGUCCUGAAUCAACAGUGUUCAAUACUAAAACACUUCAGUGUGAUACCAACGGCAUCUGUGAAGAUGAUACAAGCGUUAAUCCAACUUAUGAAGCUUGGUGGAAAACAGUAGUAGACGUAAUUGACGAAGUUCUCGAAGUCUUAGAAACCAGGAAGGAAAACUCAUUAUCAUCUAAUCCAGAAGGAACAGCCCAAAUUGAGAAGACUGUAUCUGUUGCAGUUCACCCUUCAUCAACGGUGCAUUUAGUGGAAAGCAUUAAACCAACAGAUUGUGAACAGUUCUCAGUUGAUGCAACAAGCCAUUUAAAAGGAUCGGUAAGCCUACCUGUCGAAGCAGAGUCCACUUCUUAUUGUACUAAAGAGAUAGAUGCCUCGAACACCGUUGCAAACAUUCCUAAUUUAAAUACCGAAGCAGUUCAAUGUGAUUCUAACGGAGUCUGCGAAUUAGGUACAAGCGUAAAUCCAGAGCCAUCUCACUCAACUGCAACUUCAAGUAAAACAAAACAUACGUCAGCUUAUACUGUACCUAUACAACUUGAUACCCAAACUUUGAAAACAGAAAUCUUUUCUUCAUAUGUUACGCCAAGGGCAUUACUUCAUGAAGAUGUGUUAAAGGCUAUUGACCAAUUGGGUUCAUCUUAUCUUGAAGCAUUUGCAUUUUCUUCCAAUCUAACAAAGGAGAAAAAAUUUAUGAACGAUUUCAUUUUUCCAAUAGUUAAAGACAUUGUUAAAAAUUCUACUAUUAUGUCUAAAAUAAAUCAACUAUUUGAAGUUCUGUUUGAAUCUGCUGAUCCUGUAUUGUAUCAAAUAUUAGACCAGAAAGUAGACGAAGAUUUAGGGUCAUCAAUAACUAUUUCUCUAAAAGAUAUCAAAGAUGCUUGGGAUAGAACAACGUUUCUAGCAUAUCCAAUUGUUAAAGAAAUAAUGCGAUACACCAGCUCUCUUGUCUUUGGAAAAGCUGCUGAGAAUACAGAGGUUCUUUUAGAUUACUUGGAGCUCGACGAUAUCAAAAUAAUGGAAAACAUCCCAUCACUAUUCGGCGCUUUUCUAGAUUUGGUUUUUAAAUAUCGUUUAUUAAACAAGCCUUCAACAUCUGAUCAACUUACAUCUUAUUCAUUGAUAGAGAUUCGUAAAGAUAUGAAAGGUUUAUUUGAGAUUUUAUCCGAGAUGAUUGGUAAAAAAGUUGUUUAAUUAGAAUUGGAAGUGUUUUGAAAAUGGCUCCAAUAUAAGUGAAAUGAUUGAUGUAAACUGCAUAUUUUAAAAAUUUAGUGUCUGAACUUAAAUUUUAAUUUGAAUUAAUGUUAGAUUUAAGAAUUUUGUAAUUUGUACAAGAUUUAAAUGUUUUUGAUAUUUUAAAGUUUCUGUAAUUAAAGUGUUUUUUUUUAUUUAUUUGUGUUCAUUUUUUUUUUACAAACAUGUAAGGAAUGAAACUAAAUUUUUUGCCCUACGUUAGCCAUAGAAACUAAAUUCUGUUUUUAUGAAACUGAGAUAAUCAAUCGGAAUUAACUGUCCAAUUAGUUAAAAUAGUUUAAGUAAUGCAGUCACAUUUUGAAUGCUCAAAGUAUACAUUUCCACUUUAGUACUUUUGUAGCACAUAACGUUUUCUAUUUUAAUGUUAUUAAUGAAUAGUUAUUAGUUUAAUGUAAUUAUUAAAUAAAGAGCAAACUUUUAUCAAAA